GGCGUGCCGCCAUGUUUGAUUCUGGAUAGCCCCUCCCCCUCAGCAUCUUCAUGAGGACAGUGAGGAGAGCGGACACACACAGCGGCUAUUACACGGAGCUGGACUUUUGGCAGUCUUGACCGAAUAUGGCGUCGCCGAGGACAAUAACCAUCGUCGCUCUUUCUUUUGCACUAGGCCUCUUUUUCGUCUUCAUGGGAACGAUUAAACUUACACCACGGUUAAGCAAAGAUGCCUACAGUGAAAUGAAAAGGGCGUAUAAGAGUUAUGCAAAGGCUCUGCCAGGUUUGAAGAAGCUGGGCAUCACCUCAGUGCUCCUGCGCAAGAUCAUCGGUACUGUCGAAGUGGCGUGCGGUGUGGUCCUGACACUUGUGCCUGGGAAACCGAAGGACGUUGCAAACUUCCUGCUGCUGCUGGUCAUGCUAGCUGUGCUCUUCUUUCACCAGCUAGUUGGUGAUCCUCUGAAACGCUAUGCCCAUGCACUGGUGUUUGGCAUCCUACUCACCUGCCGCCUCCUGAUCGCACGCCAGAGUGAUGACCGACCUGAGAGAGAGGAACGACGAGAAGAACAGGUCAAUGCUCAGGAAAAGAACAAAAUCAAAGUUUCUUAGCUUCUCCGUUUCUGACUGUAGGAAAUGCAAAACAAUGUGGACAUUUCCUGAAUAUCAGAUGUGGCGUGACGCGUGAAAGAUUGUCGCCACGAAAGGUGAUAUACAUUCUUUAUGCCCAUACAAGCUGUCCAACCGUACAGUUCUUUUAGCCUUCAAUUUAAAAACCUUGUCCUAAACACUCCAUAAGAGUGAAUAGUCAGAGUAGGAUUGCCCUUGUUAACCCCUGCUGUCUUUUUAAUCUUGAAUUUAUGUAAUACUGCCCUAUGUAAUGCUAAUAUUAUUAUUACACUACCAUCAGCUUUAAGGGCCAAUUAUUAUUAUUAUUAUUAUUAUUAUUAUUAUUAUUAUUAUUAUUAUUGUUAUUCCCAUAGUGAGUAUUUCUGUUUCGGACACCUCAUAGUAUAGACACACAAUGGUUUCUUAAUUAAAAAUAUCAAUUAUAAAAAAUACUCUUCAUUAGAUAAGAGAAAUAAAUAACAUUUUGCAAAACAUUUUAACACUGAUGCAUUGCAAAAGAUUUAAGAUUUUGUUUUCUCACAAUAGGCUGUCAGACUAUUUCUGAGCAUGAUACUCCAGUGGUUACAGACAAGCCACAAAAUGAUGAAACUGUAUCUGUUUUAUGUGUGUAAACGAUUUGCUGUUUUGUGGUAGUACAUGAAUUAUUUUUAAUUAUUGAUUUUUUUUUUUUUUAUUAAAGAGACAGUUUCCCUAGUGUUGCUUUCAUGUUUCUUUCACCAUACUUGAUUUGGUAACUGUCACUUAUAAAGGUUCAAUAAAGAUAUCCUCACCCUUCAAA